UCCAUGCCACGACUCGCUGUUUCGUUCCAUCUUGUGAAGCGGCGAAUCACUGACAGUAGGCCUACAAGGAGUUAUUCACCUUUGUCUUUCUAGUGUCUGUCUGCGACGAGACUACACCGAGGCUUUUCAGGCGCUCUGCCUGUAAACUAAGCGGGAUCUCGCGAGAGUGGUGGCGUGGCUAGCUGGCUGUGUGGUUGCAGUAGACAGAGGGAGAAGGCAGGCAGGCAGCAUCAUGGCGGACAGAGACAGUGGAAGUGAGCAGGGAGGAGCAGCCACGGGCCCGGGCGUCGGUUCCAUGCACCCAGUGACAGGAGGGGCGGGCUCGGCUUCCGGGCUGCAACACGAGACGCAAGAGCUGGCGUCGAAACGGGUUGACAUUCAAAAUAAACGUUUCUAUCUGGACGUGAAGCAGAACGCAAAAGGCCGCUUCUUAAAGAUAGCUGAAGUCGGGGCCGGGGGAAACAAGAGCCGCCUCACUCUCUCCAUGUCAGUGGCAGUCGAGUUCCGUGACUACUUAGGGGACUUCAUCGAACAUUAUGCCCAAUUAGGUCCUAGCAAUCCGGACAUCGCACAGGAUGAGCCGAGGCGAGCACUUAAAAGCGAAUUCUUGGUCCGGGAAAAUCGGAAGUACUACAUGGAUCUGAAAGAGAACCAGAGAGGCCGGUUUCUGAGGAUUCGACAGACCGUGAACCGGGGGCCCGGUUUGGGAUCCACGCAAGGCCAGACAAUUGCUCUGCCUGCCCAGGGACUUAUUGAGUUUCGUGACGCUUUGGCAAAACUCAUUGACGACUACGGAGUAGAUGACGAACCUGCGGAGUUGCCAGAGGGGACCUCCUUGACAGUGGACAACAAACGCUUUUUCUUCGACGUGGGCUCCAAUAAAUACGGAGUGUUCAUGAGGGUAAGCGAGGUGAAGCCAACAUACCGCAACUCUAUCACCGUGCCCUUCAAAGUGUGGUCCAAAUUUGGAAAUACGUUCUGUAAAUACGCGGAGGAGAUGAAGAAGAUCCAGGAGAAACAGCGGGAGAAAAGGGCAUGUGAAAUGCAGCAACAAGAGGAGAUGCAUGCUGAUGAUGCAGACGAGGAUUGAUAUAUAGAGCAAAAACAUGCAAGAAAAUAAUCAAAAUAACAAAAAGAGAAAUUAUAAUAACUUUACUGUAAAAAGAAAGAAAUCUAAAGAUUUAACUGUAACUGUUUAACUCCAAGGGAGCACCACCCACAAAAAAUAAACCUCCACAAACUGACAGUUAUGACAUGUUGUCACCCAUCGCUGGAUGUUACCCACUUACCCACCAUUAAUACAGUAAGCGGCUGCUAAACAAAGUAAUAACAUUAUAUAUGAACCGUGUUUCCUACUUGAUGACAGAUGAUAAAGAACUGAGUGUUUAUUUCUCUUAUUAACCAAUAACUUUUGUACACGUUAAAGAUAUUAUUAGUGUUUGCAAUGUUCAAAUGGAAUUAUUGCCGAGUUAUGAGAAACAAGUCCUUUUCAUUUGACUUCAGCACAAAUCAGAUAUUUUAGUU